AUGAAUUAUCAAUAUCAAACAAUUGAUUCAGAUACACAUCUAAGCAUUAAUUGUCAGUUAAAUCAUAAUGGGUUAGUGUUGGAACCUUUAUUCAAAGGUGCUAAAAAUCAAUUUAAACUUCUUACCUAUGCUAGUUUCGACAGAGAACAACAAACAGAUCAGUUUGCUACACUAACAUGCUAUGAUUAUGGCCAACCACCAUUAUCUUCACAAGUUGGUUUACAUCUUAUUAUUGAAGAUAUCAAUGAUCAUGGUCCUCAGUUUAAACAAAGUAAAAUGAUUGCUCAUAUAAAAGAAAAUAGUCCAUCUGGAACAAAAAUUUACAAAAUUGAUGCACAUGAUCCAGAUAUCGGUCCAAAUGCUUUAUUAGGUUAUCGUUUAGAUGGACAACACAUGGAUAAUUUUAUGAUUGAUGAAAAAACGGGUACAGUAACUAGUUUACGACCAUUUGACAGAGAACAGAUAGAUCAUUUUAAUCUCUCUGUAAUUGUUUAUGAUCAGUCUGAAUGGGUUACACUAAAUAAUUAUAAUAAUGAUAAUAUUACAUCUAUAACAGACAUAACUAUAAAAACAAAUACAAUCGAACUGUUUAAUCGUAAAGCACCAAAACAGCAUAUUGUACAUGGAACUCUUCAUGUUUUCAUUGACGAUGUAAAUGACUGUGUACCAACAUUUGAUAAUUCAUUAUAUCAAUUAACUGUAUCCGAAGAUGCUAAAAUUAAUCAUUUAAUUGGACAAAUUGAAGCAAAUGACAGUGAUGCAACCGAAAUUAAUAGUCAAAUACAUUACGUCAUUAAACCACAAAUAGAAGGUCAAGUAAUUCAUGAAUUUCGUGUAUCAACUAAGGGUUAUAUUUAUGUGGCACGUGGUAAUUUGGAUAGAGAAAAAAUACCAGCUUACAAUUUCUACUUAGUUGCUAUGGAUUCUGGACUCCCUACAUUAUCAUCUUCGACACAGGUUCAUAUACAUUUGAUCGAUGUUAAUGAUAAUUCACCACAAUGGAUAUUUCCAGCGCAUAAUCAUCAGAUUAUAAAUUUAACCAUUAAUGAACCAGUUGGUUAUCGUGUAGCUCAAUUAAUUGCUGAGGAUCUAGAUGAAAAUGAAAAUGGUGAAGUUAUUUAUCGACUUGUUCAAACUAGUUUUAUGUCCAAUAUGCCUAAUGUAGUAGAUAGGACAAUAAUGACCAGCCCAUCAACACGUUUAGAUAAUACUAUUAAUAGUAAUGUACAAAUUGUCCCAAAAACAGACAUGAGAUAUGUCCCAUCACAUAAUGUUGGUAACUUGUUUGAACUGGAUUCCAUAAGUGGUGCAAUUUAUGUUGGUCGAUCAAUGAACAUAGAUGAUGUUGGAUCGAUCAAAUUAGUAUUAGAAGCAAGUGAUCGUGGUCAUCCAGCUAAAGUUAAUCAUAGGGUUUUACAAAUUGAUAUUUUUCGUUAUUUAUCACAAGCAAGUGCCUAUUUAUUGAGUGAAAAUGACGGUGACAAUGUUGGAGUCAGUGAACAUGAUAGACAGAAGAACAUAGUUGUUGGACAUGGAACCUAUUUAGAAAAUGAUCUGAUUGUAAUUGUAAUUAUGGUCGCUGUAACACUGAUAAUAUCGUUAAUACUCAUAUUAGCUAUUUUAUUUCUACGCUGUGGUGCAUGUACUCAACGAAAUACAACACAAUGUGAACAAAAUAAUCCAAGAUUUUAUAGACAGAGCCUCAAUCAUACACAUCAUCUUGAAGAAGUCUUUAGAGAUUCUGGAAUGCUUGAAGUUGAUGGUUUGCUUUCACCAGGAGCUGAACAUUUAUUGGGUGAAGGCGGUUUAAAUACUUUUCCUUCACCAAAUCAUCUUCAUCACCCACCUCAAUCUACAGAUUCGGAUAAAAUGAUAAGAAGCUUUUUAUCAAAUGCAGAGAAAAAUCAGUGGAUGAUGGCUGCAGUGGAUCCGAAAAAGCCUGAUACAUUACGAUCCCAUAAACUGUUCAACUCAACACAUCCAUUUCAUCCUUCACCUACAAAAUUAAAUGACUUAUCUACUUUGAAACGAGCCAGUCAGACGGGAACAAUCUGUCGUUUAAAACCUGUUGAAGAACGCUUUCUUGAUACUGGAUCGACUAAAAAUUCUCCUGAUCAUGAAUUGAAAUUAUUGAUGGGAGCAUGUCCAACACUCAGGCAACAAAAUCAGACUUGUUCAACUUUUAAAGCAGGUUCUUCACAAAUUUCAGAUCUACGUAUUAAUUCACCAUCGUAUAGAGAUCCUGGUUCUAUAAGAAAUUUAACUUCACCCAAUGAAAUAACAGAAGAUAUAGAAAGUAUGGAUAGUGGUCAUGGAUGUAGUACCGAUACAGGAAUGAUAGAAAAUCAUUUCCCUAAUUCAAGACCUCAAAGUUCACUCAAUACUUUUCGUGUGAAUAAUGCAACAUUUCGUCAAAGCAUCUACUGAAUCAACGUUAGAAAGUUUUGUUCAAAAGUAAUCUGUGACCACAUUUCAAAAACAACACAUUCAUACGCAGUUGGAAACAAUACUUUUAUCACUCGAUAAUAUACCUAACUGAAAUGAAUAAUUCAUUCUUUGAGGACUUAGUACUUUGUUGCAUUAUUUCAAGUAACUUAUAAGGAUACCUUGCUUCACUCUUAAUCUCCAGCCUGUUAUUGUUCUCUUAAUGUUGAACAAUUAAAAAGUGCUCUAUCAUCAAGAAGCCCAGAAUUAUUACCCACUGAACAGGAUGAUCUUACGUUGAAAGUCAUGGCAUAUCGUAGACGAAGUGGAACAUUACCACUAUGUUCUAUCCCAGUAAAUAAUGAUAACAUUGAAGAUGAAGAUAGUAUACUACCUACACAUUUCUCAACUAAAUUAAAUUCUGCAAAAUCAUCUAAUGAUCUAUUAAAAACAGUUGAUGCAAAAUGUUGUCUUAAAUAUAAUGUCGAACAACAACAACCUAAGAAUCGUUUAUCUGUUUCAUGGUUAGAUACACAUUCAACCUGUAAUACUGGACAAAAUCACAUUUCUAAAACUGUCAC